CUGCGGGGGAGCUCCGUCAUGUUGCCUCGACUCCACCUCGGAGCGGGAACUUAUCACUUAGCUGUCGCGCCCUCCAAAGACAAAGUGCUAUCUCUUGCUGUAUAACACAACAGGUUUUGUUGGAUAACGCAUUUUUUCAGUCGUCUGUCCUAGUAGUAUAAUCAAGCGUUCAGGAAAUACCGAAUUACUAGGUACCAUAGCUUGUUGUUUACUAUACUAAGAAACCAUGGCCCCCUCAGCAAUCACCACGGAGACCGUUAUGAGCAUCUCCACGCUCAAAAGCCAAGCCAAAACGGCGGAAGCUGUUCAGCCGACCGUCGUGGAGGACAAGGAGAAGACGCCGUUGGAGGCUAUUUCGCACGGGAUACUGAUGCCGGGGAUACCCACCUUCCCGGACUACACAUCUCACCGGAAACAUAUCCUUGUACACAUGGCCGCCACAUUCCGCUUUUUCGCACGAAGUGGCUUUACCGAGGGACAGUCGGGACACAUCUCGGUGCGGGACCCCGAAUUCAAUGGUCUGAUGUGGAUGAACCCGCUGGGCCGCCACUUCGGCAUGCUGACGGCCGGCGACAUGAUCUGUCUCGACAUCGCCACCGGCAAGAUCGUCGGGGGUAACACGUCGCGGCCCGCCAACGCCGCGGGCUACCUGAUCCACUCCGCCGUGCACAAGCGGCGACCGAACGACAUCCAUGCCAUAUGCCACGCCCACUCCAACGCAGGUCGAGCCUGGAGCGUAUUUGCCCGACCCCUGGAGAUGCUGAACCAAGACGUAUGCAACUUCCACAACGCGCACGCAGUGUACGCGCGGUACGGUGGCAUCGUGUUCGCCUCGGAGGAAGGCGAGCACAUCGCCGAAGCCCUCGGAACCCGUAACAAAGGCGUCAUCCUCAUGAACCACGGGCUCCUAACCGUCGGCCAUACGGUGGACGAGGCGGGCUUCAUGUUCGGGUUGCUAGACCGUGCCUGCGCGAUGCAGUUGCAGGUCGAGGCCGCCGCCGCCAACGGCAUCCCGAAAAACAUCAUUAGCGACGAGGAGGCCGCCUUCAACUUCAAGAUGGCCAGUGAGCCCAACGUCCUAUACCGCGAGGCCCAGCCCGAUCUCGAGUACGAGAUCGAGGUCGCUGGCGGCGAGGACGCGGUCGCCAGGGGUUUCGAUAUGUUGCAGCGGGUCGCGCCGUAGAUGCCUGGGUAAGGAAAGACAUGGAGAAUGGCAGAUGACAGAUGAGGGGGUAAGCACGGGAGGGAGAUCUCAGAUCGGGGGGGAAAAUACAAGGCAGAAUAAAGCUUAACAGGGGGAAAUAAAAUAUUAUGGCAUGAUUUGUAUAUAACUGAAGCGCUGUCGUCGGCAUUAUCUCAACUUGCUCACCCUCCUGAUCUGCGCGCUGCGCGUUCUGAUAGGCGCGGUAGGCAUUCGCUAAUCAACGGGCAAGGGAAGGG